UAGCUAGGUUUCUAUAUACAGAACUGCGUCUCAUCAGAACUUUCACAGACAGCACAGAGUUUCUGUUUAAUGUAUUGCGACCUCCUGAAUUUGGAUUAUCAAGAAGUUUCAGGAAGUCAUCCAACUUUUAUCCUUGUGGGCUGGAGACAGAGCAGAUUUUUAGGAUGUCCCUGUGUAAGAAAAACUAAGUACCUGAGCCAUUACCAGGACUCACAAUGUUAUGGCUGCCUUGGUAUUAGAGAUCAAAUUCCUGAGGAGAAAAUCAAAAUGGGGGAGUGGGGGUUCCUCAGCUCCCUGCUGGAUGCAGUUCAGGAACACUCCCCUUUGGUUGGACGUUUUUGGCUGGUAGUUAUGCUGAUAUUCCGCAUUCUUAUCCUGGCCACAGUGGGAAGUGACAUGUUUGAAGAUGAGCAAGAGGAAUUUGUGUGUAAUACUCUACAGCCAGGCUGUAGGCAAGUUUGUUAUGACCGGGCCUUCCCCAUUUCCCAUUACCGCUUUUGGGUCUUCCACAUUGUUCUGUUGUCAGCUCCAGCAGUGCUCUUUGUAAUUUACUCCAUGCACCAGAGUACCAAAAUGAACAGAGAUGUGGAUGAGGAGGAGGCAGCAAGGAAUGGCCAGCAGGGCAAUACCAGGACUAAAAUGAGGCCAGAUCAGAGAGGACGACACAUACGCAUUUUCUAUGUGGUCAAUGUGUGCAUGAGGAUUUUGGCAGAGGUGGGUUUUUUGGUGGGACAGUGGCUUCUUUACGGUUUCAAGGUAAACCCAGAAUACCUUUGCCAGCGCUCGCCCUGCAAGCACACAGUAGACUGCUUUGUUUCACGACCAACAGAGAAGACCAUUUUCCUGCAAUUCUACUUUGUGGUAGGGGUUAUCUCUACACUUCUUAGCCUUUCAGAGUUGCUGCAUAUUUUAGUAAAGGGAAAGUGUGGGAAAAGUGAAAAUUCGCACCCACCUCCUGCCUAUGAAAGAGAUAACUGGUCUAACAGAGAGCAUGAGAGGACAAGCCACUACCUACUCCAGGGACCCACAAAAAAUGAUGGGCAGGUUUCUAGAAAUGAUGGACACCAGCUGUCUAUCCCAUAUACUCCUGGCACUACCUACAAAGUAAAAGUGGCGCCCAGUUCAGCCAAUAGUAGCAAAUCUUCAAGGAUAACGUCACAUGGGGAUUUAACAGUGUAGGUUAAAAAGGAGAGUGACAAAAUAGCAUGAAACAAUGUAAUGUUGUGCUCCCCACAGAUCUUAGCUCAACGCUAAGCACAAAGGGAUGUUGGGAAAACUGCAGGAUGGAGCAGCAGUGAAAGGAAGGCCAAAAUCACUUGCACAUCUGAGAAAAGGAGUCUAUCAACAUUAUCACAGAUCAAGUGGAGAGUAGUGCCAUAUAAUAUUUUUGCCUGUGCAGCUGACAGAAAGCCAACAGUUGCAUACAGGUUGUCCUAAAAAUUCUGGCCUAACAAUUGAACAAAGUGAGUUAUAUAUUGCUUUCUGAGUCAGGCAUCCAUAUGAUCUCACUAUCCAAUGAAAUUGGAGGGCAUGUGUCCCAUUGGCCUCUCUAAUUUCUGAAAUGCUUUUUCCUUAUUAUGGAUUUGUGGUAAUACACUGUACAGUGAAUUGGGGUCACUAGCAAAAUAACCCAUGUGACCUGUUAAUAAGGAGGAUGAUAUUCAAAGCUGUAUUUUUUUUUAGCUUUUUCUAGCAUUACUAUGUGUAUAAUUUUGUUGUAUGCACUCUUUCAUUGUAGAGUUGAAUAUAAAUAAUGCAAUCUUGUAAUUAUAAUAUUUAAAUAAUAUUAUUCUUUGUAAAUAUUGUAUACAUUUUUUCCUAAAUAGGGUCCAAGAAAUGACUCCUGUAUCUUUGCUCAGGAAGGACUUAUGCAAUCAUUUUUAUUUUAUUUUUUAUUUGCUAAACCAAAGAAUUUUUAUACGUUCAACAAAAAAUUAUGUCCACUGAUAAUAAAUAUGCACCAUAAA